CCCGCCAGCACCCCCCGACCGCCCAGCAGCCAGCCCAUCAGCCUGACUGGAAAGUCAGUUAGCUGCAAGGCUAACAAGACAUUUGCCCUGGGCAUUUGGUGGCGGCUUUUUUUGCCGCCCAAGGCAAGUGCCUUGUUUGCCUUGCGGCUAAAACGUCCCUGGGUCUGUGUGUGCACUCAGCGGUCUGGGUGUGUGUACUCGGCGGUCUCUGUGUGUGUACCCGGCGGCCUGUGUGUGUGUACCCGGCGGUCUCUGUGUGUGUGUACCCGGCGGUCUCUGUGUGUGUGUACCCGGCGGUCUCUGUCUGUGUACUCGGCGGUCUCUGUGGGUGUACCCGGCGGUCUCUGUGGGUGUACCCGGCGGUCUCUGUGGGUGUACGGUCUCUGUGUGUGUGUACCCCGGUCUCUGUGUGUGUGUACCCGGCGGUCUCUGUCUGUGUACUCGGCGGUCUCUGUGGGUGUACCCGGCGGUCUCUGUGGGUGUACCCGGCGGUCUCUGUGGGUGUACCCGGCGGUCUCUGUGUGUGUGUACCCGGCGGUCUGUGUGUGUGUACCCGGCGGUCUCUGUGUGUGUACCCGGCGGUCUCUGUGGGUGUACCCGGCGGUCUGUGUGUGUGUACUCGGCGGUCUCUGUGUGUGUGUACCCGGCGGUCUCUGUGUGUGUACUCAGGUUUAAUUGCCGUGUUAUUUGAGGUAAAUAAAGUUGCCAUGUAUUGCGGUUUGGGCACUGGGCUAGUGGCUGCCUACCAUGGGUAAUGGCUUUAUAGGAAGCGUGCCACCCCGAGCAAUGCGGGAUAAUCUCCGCUCAGAACAUCACAGCGACCCGUCUACAGGCGGCAGCACAUCCGGCUAUCCUAUCCUGCCUGCCGCCUAUCCAGCCCGGCUACUGACCGGACAAGGUGCGCGUGGCCGUGCGCGUGCCCGGCAGAUCACCUGCACAGGCCACUUCCGGGUGCUGAGGCCUCGCGUCCGCCAGCUUUCACCGCACGACAAAUGUGCCAGUGCGCAUGCGUAGCCCGAUACCACCGGAAGUGACGCGAAGUUGCAACACGAAGUGGCCUCUGGGUGUAGCAGUAUGGCGGCGCUUCCGCUUCCGUAAGUGUCUGGGGCCGCGGGGGCCGCUGGGAGAGCUGGUAGCAGCGGGUCCGAUGCGGGGUGACCGUAGGAGACCCCGGAAACUGCGUCACUGGCGGCGGCGCCUCAUCAGUAUGCAGCCUUAUUAACAUAAUGAGCUGAGGCCGGCGGGUAGAGCCCGGUAUACCGUGUGUGGGGCCCCGGGGAGUGACCUUACUGUACUCUAUAGAGCCGGAGUGAAGGCCUGGACGGGAUGGGAGACAGCCGGGGUGAGUGUGUUUACAGACAUCCCAAUACAGCCUGCCCUCUGAUAGGCCGUGACCAGGGGAAGUGUGUAAUGCAGAUCUGAGACACAACUCCCACAACGCCCAGCCAGCUUCAUGACAGCCCGUAGGAGGGGGGGGGAGAGGAAAUCCACAACUCCCACAACGCACAGCCAGAUUCAUGUCUGUCUAGGGAGGGGGAGAGAGAGGAAAUCCACAACUCCCACAACGCACAGCCAGAUUCAUGGCUGUCGGGGGAGAGAAGAUGCACAACUCCCACAACGCACAGCCAGCUUCAUGGCUGUCUAGGGAGGGGGGAGAGGAAAUCCACAACGCACAGCCAGCUUCAUGGCUGUCUAGGGAGGGGGGAGAGGAAAUCCACAACUCCCACAACGCACAGCCAGCUUCAUGGCUGUCUGGGGGGAGGAGAAGAUCCACAACGCACAGUCAGCUUCACGGCUGGGGGGGAGGAGAUCCUCAACUCCCACAACGCCCAGCCAGCUUAAUGGCUGUCUAUGGGGGGGAAGAGGAGAUCCACAACGCCUAGCCAGUUUCAUGGCUGUCUAUUGGGGGAGGAGAUUCACAACUCCCCCAACGCCUAGUCAGUUUCAUGGCUGUCUAUUGGGGGAGGAGAUUCACAACUCCCACAACGCCCAGCCAGCUUCAUGGCUGUCUAUGGUGGGAGGGAGGCCAAACUUAGAACAACAAUAGCUGGAGAUCCACAGCUCCCACAAUGCUAAGCCAGCUUCAUGGCCGUCUAUGAGAGGAGGGGGAGGUCAAACCUAGAACAACAAUAGCUGGAGAUCCACAACUCCCACAACGCCCAGCCAGCUUCAUGGCUGUCUAUGAGAGGAGGGGGAGGCCAAACCUAGAACAACAAUAGCUGGAGAUCCACAAUGCCCAACCAGCUUCAUGGCUGUCUAUGGUGGGAGGGAGGCCAAACCUAGAACAACAAUAGCUGGAGAACUACAACGCUCAACCAGCUUCAUGGCUGUCUAUGGUGGGAGGGAGGCCAAACCUAGAACAACAAUAGCUGGAGAUCCACAACUCCCACAAUGCUCAGCCAGCUUCAUGGCUGUCUAUGGUGGGAGGGAGGCCAAACCUAGAACAACAAUAGCUGGAGAUCCACAACUCCCACAAUGCUCAGCCAGCUUCAUGGCUGUCUAUGGUGGGGGGGAGGCCAAACCUAGAACAACAAUAGCUGGAGAGCCACAACUCCCACAACGCCCAGCCAGCUUCAUGGCUGCCAAAACAACAGGGGAGUUCCUGUUAGUUUAGUAACAGUUUGGGGACUCAGUUCAGACAUUUCACCAGGAAUUGUGUUUUUCUCUAUUUAUGCACGGUUUGUAAAAAAAUUCUAAUCUGUUUAUACUGUCUCUCUCCACAGUGUGCCAGAGCCCUGACACUUCAUCUCUCAGCCCACCCUUGGGUCGUUCACUCAGCGGCACACCUCCUCCUCCUUCUGCUCCCCUGCACCCUUCAAUGAUUGGAUCUGCAAUGACUUCGUCUGUGAAUUCUCCCCUUGGGAGUCUGGGCUCUCCUUUCCCUGUUAUAAACUGUUCUGUGGGUUCACCUGGUAUACCAGGUACACCAUCUAUAGGAUAUGGGCCAGUCAGCAGUCCACAGGUAAUAUAUCAUAAUGUAAUACUAUGCGUAUAUGGAGCUAAUGUCAGCUUGUAAAGGUCUGCAUAUUUUGGAUUCUAAUAUUUUAUAUGUACAAUGUGUGUCUAUGGCAGUUUAAAAAUAAAAUAUUGGGGUAAGAUUUCCUUAUUGUUGGCAAUUGUUGUAGAAUGCCCAUCCAGAUCUUGAUGUGCUUGGUUCCAGUUAAUAGGGAGUAUUCAUGUGGGGGCGAGUGUGUCUUACAUGAAUGGUGUUUACUUACUGCGGCAUUUUAUUUCCAAUGGAUAGCAUUGAAAAGGAAGCGUAUAGCCUUAAAAUGACACUCCACAGCCCAAAUACAAAAGAAAUAAAAAAAUCCAUGUUUAGCAGAUAUCCCCAAAUGCAUUUAAUUAUGCAUUUUUGGGGAGUUGUAAAUCUGAAAACGGCUUGAAAAAGCUGCAGUUCUCUUGUCUGUUGCCUUUGCACCCCUCCUUCCCCAGCCCAGAUGUUCUGUGACUGUCCAAUUACAGACUUCCCACUGCUUAAUGAAAAGUUUUUGCAAGGCAGGUGCUCUGGGUAAUUGUUGCCUCUUGAGUGUAACUCCUCUGAGCUAGACCAACCAGGAAGUAAAGGGACCUGUUAUCUAUUUGAAAACCAUAUAAAGCAUUUCAUCAAGCUAAAUGCUUUACAUGUCCAGAGUGUUAAAUUGGCAAUAAAAUGUUGGGUUGACAGUAGUAUAGAUAUUUAAAUUAUCAGAAUUGAAUGCAAAGGAAACUUAAUCUUUAAAAAAAAUACAGAUAAUUCAUAAAUGAUGACCAGUGGGGAUGUGAGACUGACUUGGUAGCAAUGUGGCGAGGCAACAUAGUUUACGUAUUGCAGAUGUCAUCACUAGUCCAGUGUAGUCAAAAGUUUAAUUGCAGCUGUUUACCUUUUCUUUCUUUCUAAUCCAGAGUGGUACGUGCAGUUGGGUCACUGUACUAUGCCAGUGGUUGACAAAUUUGCUUGGACUAUAGGGGCCACUUUGUCAACACCAUAAAUACAAAUCUUAAAGGGACACUAUAGUCACCAGAACCACCACAUCUGUUCUGGUGGCUCUAGCCUGCCCCUGUACACUUUUCAUUGUAAACAUGGACUACAUUGUUUUCUAGUGACAGACACUCAGAUGGCCUCUAGAGGUGCGUUCUAGGUCAGUGCUUUACAGUGUGCAGCACCUACAUUCAACAUCUCCACGCUCUGCAUUGAGGCACUAAAUGUUUCCCAUAGAGAUCCAUUGAUUCAAUGCAUGGUGUUUUGCCACACAUGCACAAUAGUCUUCCAAUGACUUCCUAUGGGAAAGCAUUGGAUUGUAUGAGAUCAUCAAGUUAGACAAUCUGGAGGUGGGGCCAGCUGCGGUUACAGCGGCAUGGCGUGAAAAAAAAGAGUCAAAAUAUCUUUCCCAUGUGAUUGGAGGGACAUUUUACCUAGACAUUCCCUCACCCAUGUAUCUAUGUGUGUCCACCCAGCCUCUCUACCUUUUGGUUUAAUGAUGCCUUGGCUGGAGAGACCUCAUAUUCCGGCUUCCAGCAUCCCUAGAGGGUGCACGAGUGAGCAGAGCAUGGACAUGACAGCUCCCUCGCCGCCAUCCAUGAGCCACCUACCUGCCAGUCCAUGCUCUCUCUGAGCAGGCUGCUUGGUCAGCCACCCGCCCAUUUCUACUCACAGUCAGCUGGUCGCCUUAAGGGCUGAAAGGCCAACAAAUCUCAAGCGCCAGGACACAAUUCCUGGCGUCUGGGUUUGUUGAGCCCUGUUCUAUGCUUUUAUUUAAUGUUCUCCUAAGGCUUUGUUUUUUGUUUCUUUUUUCUCACAAUAUCCUCUCAAUGAAAAAUUCCAGAUAUAGUCCAAUCAUGACAUAUGGUUUGUGUAAUGUGUUUUUUUUUUUUUUGUGUGUGUGUGUGCAAAUUUCACAAUGAAUUAAUUUUUGAACAUACUCUUUUACAGAUAAAUUCCACAGUAAACCUUUCUGGUCUACAUAAUGUUAGCUCUUCAGAAGAUGUGAAACCUCCUCUGGGCAUGAGAGGAAUGCCAGGUCAUCCCAAUGGAGGGGCAGUCAGUGGGAAGCGUCUGUGUGCGAUAUGUGGGGACCGCUCAUCAGGUGAGAUACCAGAACAAAAGUAUUUGGUAUACACAGGGUUUAGCACAACGCACUUCAAAAACUCUCUUCUGUACACAGCAAGAGACCAGAAUUUUAGGAUAACUGUGCCAGUGUUCAAGUGUCUUAAUAAGAAUGAUGGAAUGUCAGGAUUAUCUACUAAAUUCUGAAUUUUCACAAGCAUUUCUCCACAUCUGCUAUUAUUUAUUUCCUCCUCUUGAUUCAUGUCUAAUUUAUUUCCUAGAAACUGAGUUUAGUGACUGUGUUAGUUACUGGUUUAGAACACUUUUAUUAAACAAAGGUUUUGUUUAAAUGCUCGCCUGCUGAUAUGUCCUAGGGUCAGAUGUAAGGAACAAUGGCCUAGUCGGUUUAAGAUGGUUCUUUGUAAGGUUUUGUAUCUUGGCAUUCCAGGCAUGCCAUUGACCUUUAAGUGUUCGGGUUAAAUAUGUCAUAUUUACAUUGUUUAGUCUAUUCCUCAUUACUAAGGUGAGAACUAAAUUUCCUAUUUGACAGGAGCAGUUAGUGGAAUCUGGUGUGCAGUAACAUUUUUGGGUGAUACUGUUAGGACUGUUGUAUCUUUUCAUGUUUUAAAAUUCAGUGUAAGUGAAGUUAUGGCCCAUGUCAGGCUUUUAAAGCAUUUUGCAGCAGCGAUAUGUUUCCAAAUAUUAAACUGUUUGUCUCUCACCUAUUCCUUUUUUAGGGAAGCAUUAUGGUGUUUAUAGUUGUGAGGGCUGCAAGGGAUUCUUCAAACGUACAAUCCGGAAGGACCUGACCUAUACUUGUCGAGACAAUAAGGACUGUGUAGUGGACAAGAGGCAGAGAAAUCGCUGCCAAUACUGCAGAUAUCAGAAGUGCCUCGCUACCGGCAUGAAAAGAGAGGGUAUGUUUUUAUGUUGUCCAUAUAUUUCAGUGGAAGAAAACUAAAAUAUAGUAGGUCAUCUGUAGCAUAAAUAUGAUAUAAAAAAUGAUAGAUAACCGUGGGCUGCUUCACACUCAAACGAGCGACUUGAAACCGAGAAUACUGAAUAUAGAGUAGUGUGAGUACCCCUAUAAAUACACAGGGAUAAUAUAGAACAAACAAUAUUUUAAUGUUUAAAAUACCAGGGAAAACACAGACAAGAGACAAUUCCGCUCUAAAAGGAUCAAUUAAAUUUCUUGUUAGGUAAAACAGACGAUCUAGUUGCAAUGCCGUAAAAACUGCAAAACUGCAAAAGAGAUAUAACACUAGUCCAAAAAUUGUCAAAGUGUAGCAAACCACUGAGAUAAUUUUAAGGAAACAGAUGGCUAUAAAUUGUAACUUUCACACACAAUUGAGUAGUAUCACCUAAACCGUGACAUAACAAUGAGCAAAAAAAAACUAAAAAUGGUGUGAUCCGAAAGUAAACCACAGCUCAAAGAGAACCACCUAAGUCUGCACACAAUAAGUUUAAAAAAAAAAUCUUAUCUAUAGUCAAUAGCAAAAAUUGGUACUUAUCCGUGGGGGGCCCUCCACAUGUCUGAAAUGAUGCUGUAGCCUGGAUAGAUGCCGUGCAGAGGUGAUUCCAAUGGUAUCCGGAAGGUGCUGCAGUGCACAGAUAUAGUACGGUGUCCAAUGUAGGACAAGCAUGCCCUACUGCUGCACAAGCCGAAGCAGAACAGCACGCUAAGCUCGAGUUGUGUGGUAAGCCACGGCCACUUUAAUGGAGCAAUGUCAAAUAUCUGGAAUUGGUAAAAACGAGCCCAGAGAGUCUAUGCGUUUUGUCUCCUCUUGAGACUUUAUCUAGAUUGUGGUCCCAAGUCUUUUAAAUGCAGAAUAUAAAUGCCCUCCAGUGGGGAAGAUGCUUAAGUUAGAUCAAAAAACACAAGUGGAAUAAUCACAUAAGUCCCUGGUAGCACCUGGCCUAUAAUGACAAGUAUAUAGAGGAAUUGUAUAGUAAUAGGUAUUCCCAAACAAAGUUGUUCACUAAGGAGCAAACCAAUCAACCCCAAAAAGACAAUGAGUAGCAUAUACUGAUACAUUUAUAGAGGAAUUGUAUAGUAAUAGGAAUUCCCAAGCUAAUUGCUCACAAUCAGAGUAAAUUCAAGGAGGACAAAUUCAAACUAUAAGCUGUAACUGUACAGGAAAAAGAGGCAUAUCUACUAAGGCUCGUUACAUUCUUGUAAGUGUCACAGCUAGGGUGUGUGUGGUUAGGGCUUCAGUAACAAAGGUGAUUUAACUCCUAAAUGGCAGAGAAUUGAGCAGUGAGACUGCAGUGGCAUGAUCUAUCAAAACUGCUUCACAAUUAUGUUAGUGUCUAAACCCCUCUUGGUGUGUGUGUCUGUCUGUCUUGAUGGGUAUAAAGAAAAUGCAAAGAGAUUGGAGCGGAGGUGAUUUUAAUAAAAAAAAAUGGAAAUGGCAGUAUCUUGUGUUUGCUAUUGUGUAAUGCUGUUUGGCUUUAGCAGCAGGUUAUCGUGUGUGUGUGUGUGUGUGAUACACACAUUAGAGCUCUUUAUUCAUUUGCUAAUUAAUAGGUCUUUUUAUUAUAUUCUACAGAUUUACCUGUCUCAGUCCACCCCUAACUUCAACAUGUAUUCAUUACAUGUACACAACUGUGACAAGACAUUAGAAUUGUGAUGUUUCGUGAGAAUGCAUUGAUCAGUAUGCAAAACUGCUACAAUGCCUUGUGUUGGUGUGUCUGUCUCUUUAAAGUACAGACUGUACUUUUAGAAUGUGGGAGUGUCCCUGGUUAACAUGGGAAUGAUUGAUUUGGUGACAUCAGCAAAGAGUAAAGUUGCACAAUCCAAACUAAUAUUUUCUUAGUCUGAGUCUAUUAAAUUUAAAAUAUGAAUGUGGUAGAUUUCAACUCUCCGUAUCCUCUCUAGCUGUACAAUCUUCUUGUUACUGAGAUUUAUUUUAUGGUGUGCGAUGACAUAUCCCAUGCCAACCCCUCCUGCCUCGAUUGUUUUGUAGUUCACACUAAUAAGUGGUGAUGGCCUAUCUGUUCUAUUCUAGCACUUCAUGUACCAAUGAUUGCUACAUUUCAGUACAUCAGCUGUUGUAGACUAUAGUUCUGUUUUCCAUUUAAAUGCCAGAACUCCAGGAGGUGACCACCACUGGUUAAUAGUACUACACACGUGUAACAUAAGCAGUCUGUAACCUUAAUUAACCUAUAGUUUUUUUAAAAGGCUGCGAUGGGAAGUAAAGUUUAGCAGCCAGCAAUGUUUACCAGACACAACCUGACUAUUAUGAAAUUCUGUGGUAGAUCACAAGGGUGUGGGUUUUUUUUUUUUUUUUAAUUUCCCUUAGUAUAGGGCUUUGACCAAAGAGAAAAAACACUUCAUUUGUUACUCUUUAAAGAUCUCCUUAUCUUUGCAUGUAUAACUUGCACAUUCAUAUAAGUGUUUAAUAUCUUUUCGACAUCUAGUGUCAUCCACUUUUUAAAUAUCUUGCAUGCUGUUAUUUAUAACCCACGCAGUAUUGCUAUCGACUCCCUCCCCUUUGCACUCUCCGGUAUGUCUGCAUUCCACAAUAGUGUGUUUACCUAAUAUUACCUGCUGGCUGUGGCAAAGUUGCUAUUGCUAAGUACAUCCUUAUUUUCUUAAUUUCAUCUAGAGUCUUCCCUUUCCAGUGUAAAUGCCCGGUUGUGUUUUAUUCUGUCUAGCAAUGCUAUUUCACUCUGGGCCCAGGUACUUUCAUGUGUAAAUCCAGAGGCAUGCUAGGUAUUUGGGUAUAGACCUUUUUAAAAAGUAAAAUGCUCUAUUGGUCAACAACACUGAAAAUAGUACUUUUGUAAAAAUAUUACAUACAAACUGAAAAUCUUAAAUAUCAAAAGUUGAUUUGUCACACUGGAUGCUUGACCAUUUCAGUCACACUAUCCUAUGACUUACAUUGUAUGUCUGACAUUGUGUCCCAAUAUAUUUUUCAAUUUGAGACUCCCAGUGAAAUGGCUUGUGGGUUUUGUUGGAACUUGCUGCCAAUCCAUUUUGAUACCUUGUCAUUUAAUGCAAUAAACAUCCCUAUGCUCACACAGUUGAGGCUGUUGGCCUGUUUCAAAGAUAAUGCAUACAAAAUAUUAUAGUCAAAGCUCAAUCAGUAUGGGUCAUUUUUGGUGUGGCAAUGAGAAAGAAACAGGGUGCUUAAAGGGGAAAAACCUGUUCUCUCACAAGGUACUAAACAAUCAUACAAUACAAAUAAUUCCCAAGCACACCAGAGAUUUUCAUACAAAGAUACUUUUAUUAAAGAUAUAUUUAAUGAAAAAGUGCAUUUGUGCAAAACCGAGAUACAGAUAAUACUAUUAAAUGUUCAAAUCUGCAUGUUUGUUAAAGUGCUUAAGACAUAAAGUGCUUUUACCAAAAACCCAUAAAAUAUAAACAAGAUUUACUGACCUAGAGCGUGGAGCUCAAAAGAACCCCAAUGUUUCUUUCUCAAGAGAUCGCCCUUGAGAAAGGUCAAGGACCGAAAUGUCGGUGUUGUUUUGGUCUCCAAGCUCUAGGUCAGUAAACUGACAGUGUUACUGUCCACUACAUGCACCAUACAAUGUUAUCCGUGAAUUCUGGAACUGUGAUCCUUCGCUAGCUCGUCAAAACAAGACUUUUCCAGUGCUACAUAAAAGGCUGUCUUCCCAUAUGACCAGUAAUUCAAUAUUUUAUUUGGUUUUGAAUUUGGGUAUCCAAUUUAAAACUGAUGAAAAGUGGUCUAUACAGCUCAGGGCACUGCUAUAUAUAAAAGUGUGUUCUAAAAUAACAGUAGUGCAAUCACAGGUCUUGAUAUUUGCUGAUUUUUAAUACAUGGAAGUCAUUUACAUGAAGUGACCAGUGUUGAUCCUGCCUACAUAUUUCACAAGAAUUGCACACAGGCAAGUAUCAGUGUAAUGUUCCUUUUUUUUGUUUUUUUUAAAACUUUUGUAGAGAUAGCUAUAAAUAAGCAAAUAGUUUCUCAUUCACUGUGAAGAUGGUUUGUUUUUGCUUUAGUAAAAAAUAGCAGUAAAUUAAUCUGAACUUGAUGCAUAGCAAGCACAUAAACUAAAGAUAUUGUGUACAGACUGUUGUCCAUACAAUUGCAUCAUUUACAGUAUUCUAAUUGGAACCAGAUCCUUGUGAUUAUCAAAUACAAUUUGAAUACAAAGGUCCAAUCACAGGUUAUGUGCAAUCUCAGAUCCUGCUCAGAUGGUUUAGGACAUACCGUACACAGUUAGUGCUGUUGCCCCAUUGUGCAUCGGUUUGUCUCCUGCUAGAGAGCUUGUAUUUUGUAAGCCGACAUGGGUAUGGCAUUCCCACACGAUAUCUAUGAUUGUAGUGAAGCUUUUGCUUCUGUUUCCCUUUGUGUCCCCGGUUGCUCCUUAUUGUCUGUAUUCUGCCAUGAAAUGGUUCAAAUUGUGUCCUGUUUGUACAUCUGUGUCCACUUAAUGAAUUCCAGCUAUUUAUGUUCCAGCCGUGCAAGAGGAACGACAGAGGGGACGGGAACGUGAAGGAGAGGCGGAAUUUAGUGGGGCUAUUAAUGAAGAGAUGCCUGUUGAGAAAAUCUUGGAGGCAGAGCUAGCAGUGGAACAGAAGAGCGACCAGAGCCUAGAGGGUGGAGGAUCAGUGAGUAAUUACCCAUGUCCUUUUAAGUAUGGAGUUGGAUAGAAGUCCAUAUCAGUCCACUUCUACAGAGGCUACUGCAAGGUUCUGCAAAUUGUUUGGAAAUAUCCAGUCUAUACAUUGUACUGUGAGAUUUCUGCAUAGUAUCUUAGUUGUUCCUGGAACAUCACGCUUCUUAACAGAGAUCUUAGAUGUCGCACCUGGAUUCUGUUUAAUCCGUUCUCCUAGUUUACAGCCCCGACUGCUCUGAUCACAACUGGAAUUAUUACUGCCUUCUCCUUCCACAUCUUAUAUAUAGCAAAUGGUACUCCUAGGGCAGAUCUCUGAGGAACAACUGGAAAUCACCCAGCAGUUUGAGGAUUAACUUCUUUAUUGCAUUGUUUAUCUUUGGCAGGUUUUUUUCCCCUCCCUGUUUUACCCUCACUUUUUCUAUCUUCUCCACUCUAGCCCAGUGAUCCAGUUACCAAUAUCUGUCAAGCUGCAGACAAACAACUAUUCACUCUUGUCGAAUGGGCCAAGAGAAUCCCUCACUUCUCUGAGCUGCUGCUGGAUGAUCAGGUUAUUCUACUUAGAGCUGGUAAGUAGCUGUUUCAUGUCAAUUUAUGAAAAGGAUUAUUUUCCCCACUAGUUCCCCAGAACUUUCAUUCAUAUUUUUUCUUCUCCUUCAGGAUGGAACGAACUUCUCAUAGCUUCCUUCUCUCACCGCUCCAUCUCUGUCAAAGAUGGGAUUCUUCUGGCUACUGGUCUGCAUGUUCAUCGCAACAGCGCACACAGCGCUGGGGUUGGAGCCAUUUUUGACCGGUAAUAAAAUACACAGUGCACACUGGUUGGUGGAUAAUGUGAUGCACUACAAAACAUCCAUGUAAGACCUAACUACAGUGCAAACAGCAUGGUAUUAGGUGCCAAGCAAAUUCUCUCAACUUUUGUGAUGGAGGGGAGGGAAAUGACCCCUGUGACUAUCCCUGUACUCCAUAGUAACCAUAAUGAGGUUCCAUGUCCUUAUCCCCAUCUGACUUAAAUAAUGCUAAUCUGAAAUAGAAUUUAUUAGCCGUCAAUGAUGUUUUAUGGUGGCAUAUAGACUUUAAUUCCUUAAUGAUCAAAUCAUUGUCUGUGGUGCAAUCACAAAAAUCUGUGCUUUAAAAAAAGAAAAGAAAAAAAAUGCUAUUUGUAAGUGGACUCUUUAGGUGACAUUUGGGCUCCAUUGAGCUGUUGAUGCUGAUUAAGCAGGACGUGCCAUAUUGGCAAAAGUUCAGAUUGUGAUGGCAGUAAGGAAUAUCUUUGAUCUGCGCUAGAAUAAACUUGGAUCACAAAUCCAUUGAACAUUAUUUUUCUUUGCAACAAUAUUAUGUGAACACAGGUUUGUAUGCAGUAGAGUACGGAAGUUGGCACAGUCCACACAAAAAUAGCUUUUACUGCCUGAAAAUUACAAGUAGUGUACAUUCCACUCUAACAUUAUACAUUCUGUUUGCAUUUAUUUAUAACCUAUAUGUCCUUUCCACCACCUUGCUGUGUAGAUGAUGUUUUGUGUCUGUUGCAGGGUCCUGACUGAACUUGUAUCUAAGAUGAGAGACAUGCGCAUGGAUAAAACUGAGCUGGGUUGUCUGCGAGCAAUCAUUUUGUUUAAUCCAGGUAUCAUUACAAAUAUUGUACAACAGGUUUAUUGUGUGAGCUAGAUGAGGCAUGUGAGGGAAUUCACACAGCAGACCAGGCUCUUUAACACCUAUGCACAGGAUAUCAGAGUUAUGAUAUACAAUGUCCAGACUUUGUAGGAUUGAAUGUGUGAGCGUGAAAAAAGUGUGAAAUACAGAAGAAAUGGAGCUCUCUGGAAUUGUGUUAGUGAUAUCAAAGGGUAUAAUAUCACAUACAAGGUCAUAUGUAUAUCAUUGUAGAUCCAGACUGUACAGCGUCACAUAUUAAAACCAUAUGAUCACACAAAUAGUAUUUUGUACACAGUCUGGUUUUGUAAACUGAAACAUGUUGCACACAAUAGCCAGUGGCUUGAUAAUACCUGAGAAUAUUUUACCCCAUGCAACCUCACAUGUGUUUAAAGAUAGGAAUAAAAAGUUUUGCUGUUUGAUCUAAGAACAUACAGCCCAUAUGAGAGACUGUGCAUGCCCUGCCUUUUGUUUAAUUUGAGUUAUGGACAUUCCUUGCCAAGUUAUGUUUGUUUUUUUGUUGGUUUUUUUUAUUUUUUUGAGUCCUUGUCUGCACUAGGAAAGGGUAGAAAAUUUUCCAAUGUCAUAAACGUGGAAUGUAUGGGACCUCUGUGAGGUUAUAACUGAGAACACUCAGCCAGUUGCAUCACUGUAUUAUCAUCUUUGUUACAAUGUGUGUAUGUGAUUGAACAAAGUCUUCUGUGUGGAAACUUUGCAUGUGAAACAGGUGUGAUCAGAGCUAAUCCAUUUGUUUCCUUUCAGAUGCCAAGGGGUUGUCUAAUCCAGGAGAUGUGGAGGUUUUGAGAGAGAAGGUUUAUGCAUCAUUGGAAUCCUAUUGCAAACAGAAAUACCCAGACCAGCAGGGGAGGUGAGAGUAGUGGAAAAGUCUGUUUAAAGUGGAGUUUAGUGUAAGGGCUGAGGUAGGAGUGUCUUAUGUUUUUGUGCCCUUCACCUAUGUCUUUCUGUCCAUUAAGGUUUGCGAAGUUGCUCCUCCGUCUCCCUGCCCUGCGGUCCAUCGGUCUCAAAUGCCUUGAGCAUCUCUUCUUCUUCAAACUUAUUGGAGACACUCCAAUUGACACCUUUUUGAUGGAGAUGUUGGAGGCACCUCACCAGCUAUCCUGAGAGACCGCUUGAGUCAACUAAAAACUGUUGCUCCACCCUCAAGGACAGAUCCUGGAUCACACACUCCUGUAGACCGCCUCCUUAUGGGGAUGUUAGAUUGAACAGAGCAGAUGGCUAGACACAACCCCUUCAAUUCUCUGAGGCAUUUCUUUAUAAACCCUCUUAAGCUUUCUUAUAAAGAUGGAAGGUGCACUCUUGCAGGCACAGCGAUGAUUGUCCGAAACUGUUUAGAUGGCGGCCUCCACCGAUCAAGACAUGGCUUCCAUUUUUAAAAUCUGACGUGGGUGUGAGAUAUAUUGUUUCAUUUUGAGAGAAACUCCUAUGCAAUAUCCAUGAAUCUGAUCCAGGGGCUGAGGCUAUGUUUAAGGAGACAAUUGACCUUGCUGGAUAUGUCCAGAGAGCUCCCUCCAUCUAUAGAUGCAUACACACUUUUGCCAUGUUUGCCUGCCUUCAAGAUAAAAUUUCGGAAAUAGGAAAACUCUUCUGAGAGGGUUGGACUUUAUGAAGGAGAGCAAUAUGUAUCUAUUGGCAGGCAAAGCAAGUUUGUUGUGAGAUGAGCUGGGAAGAGACUGAUCCAGCAGCCAUGCAAGAGAGCAUGUUAAACUGUGGGAUGUAUAAGGGGAGCUGGUGGGUAGGCUUCUGAAUUUUGAUUUACAUGUAAUGAGUCCUAUUUAAUCAGUGGACAUUAUUAAUGGGGUGAUUUUCUUUCCCAUUCUCCCUGAUUUUGUGGUGCCCUAUUUAAUUACUGCACUUGUUUAACGAAAAAAAAAAAAAAAAAGCUGUAGAGUUCAUUGUAAUCAGAACAGAGAACUCUAAAUCUCUUGGGUACACUCAUUAACCUCUUUGGGGUUUGGACUGUUCCGCUUUUUGGGGUGCCUUGAAGAAAAAUAGGGUCCUCUCAGCCCUAUUGUUCUCUAGGGGGUGAGGGUGACCAUAGGCUUGGGAUGACUGCCUUUUUCCCCUUGUUUUGCUCUGUUUUAAUAAGAUUUUGGUUUUAUUGGAACAGUGAACGUAUUGCACAGAAUUUGCGUACUGGAGGGAAUAUGUGUACACCUCCCUCCGUUUUAAUGUUUUCUGCCAGUGGUCUCAGAUUGUGUGGGUUUUUAUGCCUGCUGAAUGUGAUGUUGCAAAAAUCGGUUUCAUCAAGCCUUUCCCUUCAAAUUUUAAAUGGGGUGUCUCUUUAUGGUGAGGUUUUUUUGUGGGUGUUAAAAUCCAUACCCGCACACCCCAGAUAAAUUUCUGCUGCUAGAACUGUUUAAAAUGUCUGCCUACCACCUUCUCCUCUGAUUCUCUGUCAUGAACAUUAAAGUAGGUGAUGGGUAAAGUCGUCUUCAAACUCCCCACCCCAUCCCUUUGACCUCUUUCCCAUUUACCAAUCUACAAUGUGUUUGUUUUUUGUUUUUUAUGUAUCACAUUUUGCCCCUUUCUGUAUAAAUCCCAAUGCCAAAUGCCUGACAAAUGGAGAGCACUGCAUCAGCACCUGGCUCACCCUCACCUGGCUAAGUACACUGCGGGGGAAGCACCUUGUGGGAAGGGUUUCAGACCCCUUCCACACCCUGACUCCCGCUGCCCUGUCCCAUUAUCUGCGUUCCUUCAUUAUUCCCGUUGCUUGGAAUGAACAUUAAAGAGAAUUUAGCUCAAUCUUGUGGCCUUUGGCAUUUUUAUUAAAAACACACACACACACACACACAC